GUUAGUUUCAGGUGUACAGCAAAGUGAAUCAGUUAUAAAUACACAUAUAUCCACUCUUUUUUUUUUUAAAUUCUUUUCUCAUAUAGGCCAUUACAGAGUAUUGAGUAGAGUUCCCUGUGCUAUACAGCCAGUUCUUACUAGUUAUCUAUUUUAUGUAUAGUAGUGUGUAUAUGUCAGUCCCAAUCUCCCAGUUUAUCCCUCUCCCGCCACCCCCUGAUAACCAAUCUGUUCAUUUUCAUUUAAAAUAAAGUUACUCUUGACUGACUAAAUUGAUUCCACAACCUGUGGUUUGGAAAACAUUGCUCAACCAAGCUGAAGCAAAUAUGAAGGGGAAGCAGGAGGAUGGCCAUGCCUCUCUGAGCCUUCCUUAUCAGCCACAGAGUGUCAGGGUGAAGCCUGAGGGACCAGGCCUAAGCGAAACCUGUCAGCCCUGUUGACUCAGGUUCUCUCCUCAGAGCUCCAUGAACCUGCCUCCUGACAAAGCCCGGCUCCUGCGGCAGUAUGACAACGAGAAGAAGUGGGAUCUGAUCUGUGACCAGGAACGAUUCCAGGUGAAGAAUCCUCCCCACACUUACAUCCAGAAACUCCAGAGCUUCUUGGACCCCAGCGUAACUCGGAAGAAGUUCAGGAGAAGAGUGCAGGAGUCAACCAAAGUACUGAGAGAGCUGGAGAUCUCACUUCGUACCAACCACAUUGGGUGGGUGCGGGAGUUUCUGAAUGAUGAAAACAAAGGCCUGGAUGUGCUGGUGGAUUACCUGUCAUUUGCCCAAUGUUCCGUCAUGUUUGACUUUGAGGCUCUGGAGAGUGGUGACGAUGGUGCAUUUGACAAGCUCCGGUCCUGGAGCAGGUCCAUUGAGGACCUGCAGCCACCCAGCGCCCUGUCAGCCCCCUUCACCAACAGCCUCGCUCGCUCUGCGCGCCAGUCUGUGCUCCGGUAUAGCACUCUCCCUGGGCGCAGGGCGCUGAAGAACUCCCGCCUGGUGAGCCAGAAGGAUGACGUCCACGUCUGUAUCCUUUGUCUCAGAGCCAUCAUGAACUAUCAGUAUGGAUUCAACCUGGUCAUGUCCCACCCUCACGCUGUCAAUGAGAUUGCGCUCAGCCUCAACAACAAGAAUCCAAGGACCAAAGCACUUGUCUUAGAGCUCCUGGCAGCCGUGUGUUUGGUACGGGGAGGUCACGAAAUCAUUCUUGCUGCCUUUGACAAUUUCAAAGAGGUAUGCAAGGAGCUGCACCGCUUUGAGAAGCUGAUGGAGUAUUUCCGGAAUGAGGACAGCAACAUCGACUUCAUGGUGGCCUGCAUGCAGUUUAUCAACAUCGUGGUGCACUCAGUGGAGGAUAUGAACUUCCGGGUCCACCUGCAGUAUGAGUUUACAAAGCUGGGGCUGGAGGAGUUCCUGCAGAAGUCAAGGCACACAGAGAGCGAGAAGCUGCAGGUGCAGAUCCAGGCAUACCUGGACAACGUGUUUGAUGUGGGGGGUUUGCUGGAGGACGCCGAGACCAAGAAUGUGGCCCUGGAGAAGGUGGAAGAGCUGGAGGAGCAUGUGUCCCAUCUCACAGAGAAGCUUCUGGACCUAGAGAAUGAGAACAUGAUGCGUGUGGCAGAGCUAGAGAAGCAGCUGCUGCAGCGGGAGAAGGAGCUCGAGAGCAUCAAGGAGACUUACGAGAACACGAGCCACCAGGUACACACCCUGCGGCGGCUCAUUAAAGAGAAGGAGGAGGCCUUCCAGCGCCGAUGCCACUUGGAGCCCACCGCCCGGGACCUAGAGUCAGUGGGCAGCGAGGCCCUGGCCCGGAUAGGCCCUGAGGAACUGAAUGAGGGCAUGCCCCCCUCCGACCUGGACCUCUUGGCUCCGGCCCCGCCCCCCGAGGAGGCCCUACCUCUGCCUCCGCCGCCAGCUCCUCCCUUGCCCCCUCCGCCUCCCCCGUUACCAGACAAGUGUCCCCCAGCCCCACCUCUCCCCGGCGCUGCUCCCUCUGUGGUGUUGACAGUAGGCCUGUCAGCCAUUCGCAUUAAGAAACCUAUCAAGACCAAGUUCCGGCUGCCUGUCUUCAACUGGACAGCACUGAAACCCAACCAGAUCAGCGGCACUGUCUUUAGCGAACUUGAUGAUGAGAAGAUCUUGGAGGACCUGGAUCUGGACAAGUUUGAAGAACUGUUCAAGACAAAAGCCCAGGGCCCUGCCCUUGACCUUAUCUGCUCCAAGAACAAGACAGCACAAAAGGCUGCCAGCAAGGUGACCCUGCUGGAAGCCAAUCGUGCCAAGAACCUGGCCAUCACCCUCCGCAAGGCUGGCCGCUCAGCUGAGGAGAUCUGCAGGGCCAUCCACACGUUUGACCUCCAGACGCUACCCGUGGACUUCGUGGAGUGCCUGAUGCGCUUCCUGCCCACAGAGGCUGAGGUGAAGCUGCUGCGGCAAUACGAGCGGGAGCGGCAGCCCCUGGAGGAGCUGGCGGCCGAGGACCGCUUCAUGCUGCUCUUCAGCAAGGUGGAGCGGCUGACCCAGCGAAUGGCUGGCAUGGCCUUCCUGGGCAACUUCCAGGACAACCUGCAGAUGCUCACGCCGCAACUCAACGCCAUCAUUGCAGCCUCUGCCUCCGUCAAGUCCUCACAGAAGCUGAAGCAGAUGUUGGAGAUCAUACUUGCCCUGGGGAACUACAUGAACAGCAGCAAGCGGGGAGCUGUGUACGGCUUCAAGCUCCAGAGC